AUGAAUAGUUCGGGCUGUGACAAUCAGGAAAGUCCUAGUGCUAGUUCUGUGCAUUCAUCAAUUUCACCCCCAAUAUCACUAAUGCAAGAUAUUACAACAGCAACUUCUGCGACAAGUAUUACCAGUCAGCAAAUUUCUACAACUACUAUUCCUAUUACACUAUCACAGAUGUGCACACCAUCAGCAACUCCUAUUGGUGGUCAUCAAAUUUUGGUUGACCCAGCUACUGGUCAACACUUUUUGUUGUCUUCUGCUCCGGCACCACCUCCGCCACCUACACCACAUCCACACAUUAUCUAUCAACCUGUUUAUUACUCUGCUACUCCGGCUCAGCCGGUCUAUUAUCAUGCUUUUCCCUCUGGAACUCAUGGUGCUUAUGUUGUCGCCGCUACUCCAAUCUCUGGUACACAAAGUGGAAUUCAAAUGACUCCAUCACAUAUGACACUUGGACAGCGAUUUUCUUCUAGUCCUCCAGCAAUGUCAACCGCUCAAAGUACCGUUGGGGGUUUCACACGUGGUGUUGCUGAUUUUGAUGACACGAGAUCAGUGGUCACUACAGAUGAAAGACAUACAGCUUUCCAAAGUUCGUUAGGACCAGCUGCAAGAAAUAUGAGUCGUGCAAUAGAUCUAAAACAGAUAAUUAAUUCAAAAACCUCUACAUCUCUACCUUUAUCAGCAUCCAAUACAAAAAACUGUUCAGUAUUUGAUAAUUCAACGACUGUUGUUGUAUCAUCAAAUAAUUCGCAAAAAACUCCUACACAAAUGCACCCACAAGAGAAUAUCACAUAUCAGCAAAUGAAUAAUAAGCAAGCAUUAGUGACCGAUGUUACUGGACAUGCUGUACCAGAAGAAGGUGAAAGGACACCACUGUUUGGUGCUGCUCCAUCAUGGUGGGGUGAAGAUGGUACUAGCAGUCAGCAAGUUCAGAAUGAUAGUGAUAAUAUAAAGUUGCCUAAUUUGGAGAUUAGUAAUUCAUCAAAAGUCGCUGUUCCUAUUAUUUCUUAUCAUCCAUCUUUAUCGGAUACAGAAGUACUGAAGAUCAAUCGUUUAAAAGUUGAUGGAGUUACAAAAACUACUGAUAGUACUCAUCGUCCUUUGAAGUCGAUUAGAAUGGAUAUUGACCUAAGUGAACCAUUUAUCGAUGAAGAGAUAAAAAAAGAAGAAAAAACAAAAGUAACGUCACGUGCAUCAUGUGGCACUGCAUUUACAGUUUCAUUUGAUAAUGAAGAAGGUUCACCAAAAGCGAACAUCUCUUUACAAGAUGCUGCGAAAAAAACUUCAUCUAGGCGCUUUAUGAGAAGAAGUAUGCCAAGAGCUGGAAUGGUCCCUAAGGGUACUGCUGCGAAAAUAGCAGGUUUAACUGCUGCAUCAAGUGAUCCUAAGCAAUAUUUGCUGAAUAAAAUGCUGAUGGGAGUUGCAGAGGAAGGUUGUGAAGGGAACGACUUGAUGCAGUCAUCUACACGUGAAGAGGGUAAAUUGGAUACUGAUGAUACAUUGAGUGAAGCGGGAACCUAUAUUGUUGAAGAUGGCGAUCGUCCUAGUAAGUUGAUUGUUCCUCAGACUAUCAAAGACUCAGAUGCAGAAAGUGUUUCUAGUGAAUCAACAUCAACGGAAAGCACAGAUAAUUCUCAUUCUGUGGCUUCUGCACGUAUGGGACAGGUUUUGCCCCAGAUCAGUGAGAAUGUAGUCACUGUUGAAGAUACCAAGGAUAAGAAUGAGAAUCUGCUGCGUGAGUUAUUACGAAUGAGUUCUGAGCGUGUUGGUCAUUGUCGUGGUAUGAGCGAACGUCAUGUUGCACCAUCGACACCUUGUCGUUCCGGUUCAUCACGUCUGUCAACUGCAUCAGGAAUUCGUGCCCGAGUACAGCAUCGUUCAGACAAUUCUGGAUCUGAAGAACGUCAUUAUAGUUCACAUCGACUGUGUACUGUAGAGUCAUCGUCACGUACGCCAAUUUCAUCCGUGGUACGCCGUGCACAACCAGUCGCUGGUGCAAGUUGUACUAAUGAAAAUAAUUUCAGGCGCGGUGAUGGUGGACGAUUUUCAAUGCGUUUUUCUGGUCUUACAGCAAAGGUUCAGCCAGCAAGUACAGCAUCUAGUCGAAACGAUCGGCCACCAUUUCGUGUUGGAGGCAUUGGGAGUAGAAGUCAGGUUAAUGGAGGAAGCGUAAGUGUGCAUAAAGAAAGCGCUGAAAUGACUGCUUGGUUAAGGCGUAAAGAUUACAAUCCCAUGAAAGCUGCAGCAGAAGCAAAGAAGCUUCAGCAAUUGAAAGCACGAGCUGACAAAUUUGUUUCAAAUCGUUCAGUAUCAUUCCAUCAGGGAGCUAAACCAUUUGCUACUUUUUCACCGACUGUUCGGAGUUUAAAUGAUCCUCGUCAUAACCGGUCGCAAGACGACUUAUCAGUUGAUGAAGCGAUUUGUGGUCCUGAAACAAUUCUUGCUAGUUAUUCAAAAGGUAUAACUAGAGAUCUUAACAAAUUACGCUCUGCUGAAGUUGAACAAGAUAAGACUCAGGUUAUUGGUCUCGAAAAUGCCGUGCAGCAGCUCACUAUGAAGUGUAAUCGUAGUAUCGAGUUAAUACGGAAUUCUCAUCAAGGACAUUUGUCAGACUCUGUAGAAAACUUAUUGGAAAUAGCAAUUAAACCAGUGAAAGAUUGUACGGGAACGGUAACUGAUCAGUUGGAUCGAUUGUCAGCAGCAUUUGAUGCUAUACAGAAAUAUUUAGAAAUCUCUUCAGCAUCGUUGCCAGCAUCACCCUCUGGUUCUAGUCCAACAGCAUCGGUUACAGCACUUUCGUCGACGUCUCCUAGUCGACGACCUUGCAGCGCAUACCAAAGUAAGCUUGCUGCAGCCAAGCGAAGUCCGUCUGGUGGUCAGAAAAUUGUAUAA